AUGCCGCGACUGGCGAGGAAGCUGUUGAUUUUUGCUGCUGUGGACGGGCUUAUCCUUCAACCCGACGCAAACUCUCACCAGCGUACUCCUGGAAACAAUCGAUCCUCCGCUCUGCAAAUCGAAUACAAAACUCGCCGUAUAUACUCCCCGCCAACCCCCUCAAGCACCGAUGACGCUUGUCUAGAAUCGCAUGGCGUUGUUGGCCUACUCUCCCUCGCCUCGUUCUCGUUCCUAAUAUCCAUCACUCAGUGCGAACAGGUAGCUCAGAUCCUAGGGAAGCCUAUUUUUGUCAUUACAGGCGUAGCUAUCCUUCCACUUUCGUCUCAGGCGGAGGCAGCUAAAGCAAUUAAGAAAGCCCAAACCCAUAUCUCCACCCACAAACAAGAUGAUAUUGGCGCUUUAUCAUCAGGGAGCGAAACAAAUCUCUCCAUUGGUCGUAGCAGCGAAGACCGUGACGUAGAGGUUCCAGAAUCCCCAGAGCAAGAAAUACUCCCUCCGCUAAACCAUAACGCCAGGAGUGGAAGCACUAUUGCUGAAGAUGUUAUAAAGAAACGAGGUCUGUACGGCGGGUUCGCGUCCCGCUGGUUUUCCAAGAAUGAGUGGCCAAGGGAGAAUAGACCGUCUCAAGAUGUGGGCUUCGAAGGGAUGAUUGACCCCGCCGCUGUGGGUUCGUUUAAAGGAAGAAAGAGCGGGGACAACAAAAAUGAUAUCUUGGAGCUCGAUGACCUCUCGUCUAACGGGCAGAAAGCCUCUUCUGCCCCGCAGGAAAUUGAUGCUCCGGUAACAGGAACAGCAACCUACGAGCUAAUGCCAAAGUUUAUGCGCUAUACGGAGAUGCUGUUCAGUUCACGAAAUUUUUAUUUUUCUUACGAUUGCGACAUCACAAGAAAGUUUGGGGUCCCGGAUCCUCAAAGGUCCCCAGUACCCCUCCAUAGAAUAGCGGACCCCAUGUAUUUCUGGAAUCGAAACUUGAUGACCCCUUUCAUUGACAGUGGACAUUAUUCAUUCGUUCUUCCCCUGAUUCAGGGGUUCGUGGGACAACAGGAAUUUACCGUUAAGAAGUCUGCAAAAGCUCCAGAUGCUCCGGAUGCUGCCGUCCCUCUAGAAGGGGAAUCCAAGACUCUUCGGAAUCCACCUAAAGCAGCCAGAGCAGAUAAUGAAGAAGAAAAUGACAAGUUUCUUCUCACUUUGAUUUCGCGUCGGUCAGUUAAGCGUCCAGGACUUCGAUAUCUUCGAAGAGGAGUAGACGACGAAGGCAAUGUAGCAAAUUUUGUUCAGACAGAACAAAUAUUGUCUAGGCCAUCGUGGAAUCCUUGUGACAAGGUGUACUCUCUACUGCAAGUUCGCGGGUCGAUUCCGCUAUACUUCUCCCAAUCUCCGUAUUAUUUCAAGCCAAUACCUGUUCUUCACUACUCCACUGAAACAAAUCAAGAAUCCUUUGAAAGGCAUUUACACGACCUUAGCAGGCGGUAUGGCGAAAUUCAGGCCGUAUGUCUACUAGACAAAUAUGGCGUCGAGGCCAAUAUUGGAGAGACGUACGAACGUUUCAUGGACACUUAUAACAAACGAGACAAUCCGGACUCACCCAGAAUCGGGUUCACAUGGUUUGACUUCCACACAGAGUGCCGUGGAAUGAAAUUUGAAAACGUCCAGCGCCUAGUCGAUUCCAUUUCGGGAACACUAGAUCGAUUUGGCAGUACUGUCAUACAAAACCACACGACUUUGAAAAGUCAGGCUGGCAUCGUUAGGACAAAUUGUAUGGACUGUUUAGAUCGCACGGGUGUUACUCAGUGUGCGUUUGCCCAACAAGCAUUGGAGAAGCAGCUUGAAAACGAGGGUUACUCUAUCGACCUGCGAACCAGCACAUCUACGCAGUGGUUCAAUGUUCUGUGGGCCGAUAAUGGAGAUGCAAUAUCCAAACAGUACUCCUCAACUGCUGCUCUGAAAGGCGACUACACGAGAACGAGGAAACGAGAUGUUCGCGGUGCGCUCAAUGACCUAGGGUUAACCCUGUCACGCUACUUUAACAAUAUAGUCAAUGAUUACUUCUCACAAUCUUGCAUUGAUUACCUGCUCGGGAUCGUCACAACGCGUGUUUUCGAUGAGUUUGAGAUGAACCUAAUGUCCACAGACCCUGGAAUAUCCAUCGAGAAAGUACGGCAACAUGCCAUCGACACCAGCUGCCAGAUCGUCAUUAGCGAUGACUCCGAGGAACUGGUGGGAGGGUGGACGGUUUCCAGCCCCAAUCAGCCGAACACUUUACGCUCACUACCAUUCGAACAGUCCGUCCUCUUACUGACAAAUGCGGCAGUCUACUGCUGUCGCUUCGACUGGGACACGGACAAAGUAACCUCCUUUGAGCGCAUUGAUCUUCGUUCCAUUACCAGUAUCAACUAUGGCACCUACAUCACCUCAACCCUUAUCGACGUCCAGAUGGACCCAAAGCACAACGUGGGCGUGGUGAUCACGUAUAAGUCCGGCGCAGAAAGUAUUCUGCGCGUAAAUACACGUUCCCUCCAAAGCCUCAUCCAGCAGAAAUCCCAGCAAUCAUCGUCAGCCGAGCUGUCUGCCGAUAAAACCCCAAUCUCAACAUCAACAGCGGCAGUAACUCCAGCACCUGCCCGAAGCCCAACCUCAACACCAGGCCCGGACUGGGAUAUCUCCUCUCUAUUCAAACCAGGCAGUAAACACCCUUCCUCACGCUUCAUGGCGUUCAAAAUCCUCCCGCAAACCAACCUGACCACCAGAAAUGCAGUUGGCAAUGUGCAGCUUGAAGUAAGGGAUUCAGCACGUGCGAUCUGUGAAGAGAUUGAACACACUGCGCUCCGGAGUGCGUUUGAGCCAGGUAGUGACGCCAGCGGCGGUCCUGGAGAUAUCGAUACGCGGUCGAUGGUUGAAGAAGUGGAGAUUAUUUCGUUGACUGAUGCGAAGAAGCGUACGGGGUAUUUGGAACACUUGGUAUUUGAUAUAAAGAAGUUGGUUUGGGCUUGA